AGCUAUAGGAGCCAUUCUCAUGCCACAAUCACUCUAAGUCCAGGGUGCUAAUUCCCAUCCAAGUAUGGAUCAAUGGAAACACUAAAUCUGCAUCUUUACUGUUCUUUCGCAGAGGGACAGGUGGACAUCUCCUUGUUCCAUGUGGCCCACUUUCAAGAACACGGGAUGAUCCUAGAAACUCCAGCCAGUGUGGAGCAGCACUACACAGUCCUGGAAAACCCAAACUUCUCCCCAAUGGGAGUUCUACUGAGAAUGAUCCCUGCUGUAGGACACUUCAUUCCCAUCACUUCCAUCACACUAAUCUACUAUCACCUCCAUCUCAAGGACGUCACGCUUCACCUUUACCUGGUCCCCAAUGACUGCACCAUUCGAAAGGCCAUUGAUGAUGAAGAAAUGAAGUUCCAGUUUGUGCGAAUAAACAAGCCACCCCUAGACUCUCUCUACAUCGGCUCCCGCUACAUUGUGUCUGGGUCUGAGGGGCUGGAAAUCAUCCCAAAGGAACUGGAGCUGUGCUACCGGAGCCCUGGGGAAUCCCAGCUCUUCUCUGAGAUCUACAUUGGCCACAUGGGUUCGGGGAUUAAGCUGCAAAUCAUAAACAAAAAGUAUAUGUAUCUCAUAUGGAAGGCCUUGCUGAAACCAGCUUACCGCCAUGCUGCUGUCGACCUUUCCCCUCUGAGGCCCUGA